AUGGCACGUACGUUACCUUUACGUCCACCACCGGAUUAUGCAAAAUUACGCAAAGAAAACCCCAUUUCGAAGGCUAAAAUGUGGGAUGGUAAUCUUGUUUGGUUGGUUACUCGUCAUGGUGAUGUUUCAAAAGUUCUGACCGAUCCACAUUUCAGCAAAGUACGUACUCAUCCUGGCUUUCCUGAAACAGGACCAGGAGGCAAAGCUGCAGCACGUGCUGGUAAACCGACUUUUGUUGAUAUGGAUCCUCCUGAGCAUACACGUCAUCGAGGAAUGGUCGAACAAGAUUUUACAAAAGAAAAAGCAGAAGAAAUGCGACCCAAAAUUCAACAGAUUGUUGAUAAACUUCUUGAUGAAAUGCUUACAAAAGCACAACCAGUCGACCUGUUAGCUUCAUUUGCUUUACCGGUACCAACAUUAGUUAUCUACCACAUAUUAGGUGUUCCAUACGAAGAUCAUGACUUUUUGGAUAAAUGUAAUGCUAUUCGUACCAAUGGUAGUGCAACAUCUGCUGAAUCUGCUCAAGCAAGCAAGGAUCUUAUGGAUUAUCUUGCACGUUUAGUCGACAAGAAAACACAAAAUCCAACAAAUGAUAUUAUCAGUCGUCUGGCAAUUGAGCAAGUUCAAACAGGCAAAUUAACUCAUGAUGAACUGGUAGCAAUGUCAUUUCUACUUCUGGUUGCUGGUAAUGCGACAACAGCAAAUAUGAUUGCGCUUGGUACACUGACACUUCUUCAACAUCCAGAUCAACUAGCUGAACUUCGACGAGAUCCAUCUCUAAUAAAAAAUGCUGUCGAAGAAAUUCUACGUUAUUUGACAGGUUCACAAUUUGCUACUCGUCGCUUGGCUCUUGAAGAUGUUGAAGUCGGUGGUCAAAUAAUCAAGAAGGGUGAAGGUGUUUGGGCAUUGAAUGCAUCAGCCAAUGAAGAUGAGAAUGUUUUCCCAAAUGCAACACGGUUUGAUAUUCAUCGUCAACCAAAUCCUCAUCUUGCUUUUGGUGAUGGUAUUCAUGUGUGCAUAGCACAAGAUUUAGCACGAGUCGAAAUACAAAUUGCAAUCAAUACUCUUAUUCAUCGUUUACCCAAUCUUCAAUUGGCUGUUCCGGCAGCCGAAUUACAAUAUGUCACAAUUCCAAAACGUGAUUUUGGCGUUGCUGCAUUGCCUGUCAAAUGGUAA